UAAAAAUGUAGGGUUAACCUAUCCCAUUCAUUGAGUUAAAGGAAACUUAAACAAAAGAAGGACUGGAAACAACAUUUGAAAUUCAUCCUUAGGCAAUAAAGAUGUUGCAAUAAAUAGCUGACAGAAAAGUAUUUGUUUUUAAUGGGAUAUUUAGGUAGCUGUUCUUACAAUUGCAGGUCCAUAAAGAACUGGAAAGUCUUUUUUAGCAAAUAGAGUAUUAAAAAGAUAAAAGGGGUUUGCAGUUGGGCCAACAACAAUGCCAUGUACAAAAGGUAUUUGGUUAUGGAGCUAACCUAUUCCAUUAAAUGAAAAUACUUCAAUUUUAUUAAUGGAUACAGAAGGAUUAAAUUCAGUUUAAAGAGAUCUUGGUGUAGACACAAAAAUAUUCUCAAUAUCAUUAUUGCUAUCUUCAAUGUUUGUAUUUAAUCAAUUAGGUCAUAUUGAUGAAUAAUCAAUAGAAAAUCUCUCUCUUGUCAUAAAAUUAAGUGAGAACAUCAGUGUAGGUUCAGAAGAUAAAAGUUUAAGUUAAUUUUUUCCAACAUUCUUAUGGGUUUUAAGAGAUUUCUCUCUUGAUUUAAAAGGUAGAACUCCAAGUGAAUAUUUGGAAUUUGCACUUUAAGAUUAAUCUAAUCCAGGAUUAGAUGGAGAGAGAAAGAAUGUAAUAAGAAGAAAAAUUAGAGAAUAUUUUAAAUUUAGAGAUUGUUUAUGUAUGGUAAGACCAAUCUAAGAUGAAAGAAGACUAGCAAGAAUUGAAGAAGAAGAUUGGAAUGCUUUAAGACCAGAAUUUAUAUCUGCUGUAUAAGAUUUUGAGAGAAGAGUCUUUAAAAAUAUUCCACCUAAAUAAAUUAAUGGUACUACAUUAACUGCAGAGAUGUUUUUAAAAUUAUCAAUUGAAUAUGUUGAUGCUAUUAAUUCUGGAGGAAUUCCUUAAAUUUUAACUAGUUUAGAUAGAGUUAUUUAAUAAGAAGCUAGAAAUCUAUUAGAAGAACUAAAAAGUCUAUAUGCUAGAAGGUAUUAAGAAUCUUUAUCUAAAAUGAAAUCUCCAUUCGAAGAUGAAGAACUUAUUUAAUUAAAUAAAUAAAUUUAAACUGAAAUAUUCUCAAGAUUAGAUUAAAAAUCUAAAGAAAUUAUUGACAAUUCUAAAAUUAAUAAUAUGAAAAAAGAAUUAUAUGAAAUGAUGUCUUAAGAUUUAUAAACUAGAUUAGAAAUUAAUAAAGAAUAAUCAACUACUCUUGCUAAUUAAAUUUUAUAAAAGUUCUUUAAUACUUAUCAGGUACCAGUCUUAGAUAAUGUUGAUAGCAUUAAAACUUCUUUAUUAGUUGAAUAAUUUUAAGUAUACAGUCGUUUUUUUAAAUAUUAUAUGGAAAAUGUUAAAGGCCAAUCCAAAUAUAAACAUUUCUCAGAAAAAGUUCCUUCUUUUUUAUUCAGCUAUUUUGAAAAAUUAAUUUUAAAUGUAUAAAAAGUAUACAUUGAAGAAAAUAAUUAAACUAAAAAAUAUUUAGUUUAAGCUAGAGAAGGAGAAGAAAGAUUGAGGAAAACUAUAGGAAGUCAAGAAAGCUUAUUAUAUGAAAUAUAAAAGGAAAGAGAUUAAUUAAGAUAUGAAAUAGAAAACUAGACUAGAGAAACUAGUAAAUAAGAAAAAAUUAAAACUUUAGAAUUAGAAGCUUGUUAAGCUAAAGUUAUACAAUUAACCUAAGAAUUAUAAAAUAAAAAAGAAAAAAAUUAAAAAUUAAAAUAAGAUGUUCAGAAUGAAAAAGAACAACUGCAAAGAGUAAGAAAUGAACUUAAUGGUAAAAGAGUUGAAUGUUAAUAAUUAUUAAAACGAAUGGGUGAUGAUUAUUAAUCUUUUAGAGAACCAGGAGAAGAUGUAUAUAACAUAUAUAUAUAUUAUUAGAUUUCAAAUGAUUUAGUUUUAUAAUAUAAGGAUAUGAAAUAAUAAGCCCAUUAAAUGAACGAAUUUUUUAAAAGAAGAGCAAUGGAUCAUUCCUAACAAAGCAUUUUUCUUUAGGAAAUUUCUAAAUUACAAUAAGAUAAAUUUAAUGAAAUCAUUAAACUUAGAGAAGAUUAUAAAUAAAAAAAAUUUAAAAUUAAAGAAGAACUUGAAUAAGAAAAGUAACUAAUAUUUUUAUUUAGAAAAUAAUUGAAAAAUAACCUUGAACAUUUUAUCAAACAAAAUGAAGAGCUCAAAGCCAAAAAUAUGACCUAUUAUGAGAAAUAUGAAUUAGCAUAAAAAAAUCAGUAACAUUUUAAGGUAUUGUUCUAUUAUUAUUUUGGAUAGUAAAUAUAAUCAGAAAACCAGAGAUUGUCUUAAAGAUUGGAAGAAAAAUCAGAAAAUUUAGAGAUGCAUAUCUAAGUUAUUGAAAACUUUACUAAGGAUAUUGAAAAAUUAACUGGUAUACGAGAAGAUCUUGAAUAAAAACUUGCAUUCAUGAAUUCUGAAAAAAGUUAAUUAAUAUCAUUUAAAGAAAGCUUUCCCUAUAUACUUAAGGGUAAAAUUUGAUCAUUAUAUAACUAGAAGCCUUAAAAUGGGUUUUAAAAUAAAAUUCUAAAAUAAAGCACGCCAUGAAAUCGGUUGGUGAAGAGGAGUAAAAAGUUAUUCGCGAUUGUUUUCAUGAAGUUGGUAUAAAUGUGUGA